AUGUUCCAUCUACCGUUGAGACCUAAUGACCGAGAUCGCGACAGGGACCGGACUCGCAAGGCAUCGACUUCCUCGAGCGUCUCUUCCAAAUCCAAACAACACAAGCACCGCUCGUCCCACGGACCAUCGUCUACCCGCUCCCCAACCAAGGAACGACCUCCCGACCCUCCCACGGACCGCUCCUCGACCCCUUCGCUCUCCGCCUCUAACACCAGCCAGCAACGUCGUGCCUCAAUGCCCGGCAUAGACAGCGCCAGCCGUUCCGGCACGGCGUCCUUCCUCGAAUCGAGAACCAGCCUCCCUUAUCCGACCUUCUCCAAGGCUCACAGCAGGGAAGCUGUCGGCAAACCGAACAUCCCGACCCCAGAUCCGACCGACCUGACCGACCAAGGCAAAGAGGCAGCUGACGGAGGAAGCCAUGAUCGAUCGGACAGCAACAAGAAUGCGCCCCCGAGUCCCCCAUUGACGAGCGUCGACCAGCAAUCCCGCCAAGGCAGCACGGUGUGUGAUAAUAAAGACGCGAAGAAUACAGAGGAGAAACCGAAGACCAAGAUCCGGAUUCGAGCCGAAUCCACUCGCUCGUCCUCGAGUCUGCGGUCAAAGAAGGAUGAAGGGACCAAGUCAAGCAAGACAGUGCGAUCGGAUUCGACGAAAGCCAAGCGCUCCAGCCAUGACAAGGAAUCGCCGUCUCGUACAGCUAGCCGCAAGUCCUCCAAGAGCAAGAUCGUGGAGGAAACAGCGCCGCCCAAACGACCCUCCAGUCGCACCGCCACGACGCCGCCACGCUCCCCAGCAACCGUACGCGACAUUGGUCUCGAAUCAACAAAUGGGUCGGAGGCUACGACGGUUGCGCCCGCGCACCAGUCUACCACGUCCCGCAAGGUCAGAAGCCCGGAGAAGCCGCCUUCUCGUACCCAAACACGGUCGUCCAUGUCUCAUCGCCCGGGGUCCGCAUUCCGGAGCCCAGUGGAAGAUGCAUACGAUUACGGGCGGCCUCCGACCGCGAACUCAGCCUACGGAGCCCCUCCGCCUCCGCCUCCGCCCCCGGAGGUGCCUAUAUCCAUCCCGAAGGUCGACUACCUUUUGCAGCACGGUGGCUUAGAUCAUCGCGCGCCAAAAUCACUCCUUCAGAGUUUGAGCGGCUCGGAAGCCGCGCCGUAUCCCCCAGCGCAGCCGCAACUCGUGGCGAGCAAGAUUUUCGAGCCUCUCAAUCGGCUCCUGGAAGACUAUCAGCAUGUUAUGACGAAGAACGGCUCACUCGCCGUUGCAACGGGAUAUCGAUCAGUAGCGCGGCGACUUCUCGACCGUUUGGAGGCCGUAUUUGCUCGCGAUAUCUCGUCCGAAUCAUGCAAUUGUCUGAUGUGCGAACAUGAAGAACACGAGGAGCGCCCAGCGGGCGUGAGCUGGGGAGAGGUUCUUGAAUUGGUAUCCGGCCGUCGCGAGCUCCCCAACUGGCCACCCUUCAGAUUGUCUCCGACGGUCGUGGACCCGGAUUGGUCAGGUGACGAGCACAUCCCCAUGCAGAAACUGGAUAUCGACGUGCCAGAAGAGUAUCGGGAGCAUUACAUUCGGCAGUCACGUAAGACGAAAGUGGCCGUCGAUAAAUGGCUCAGUGAGCAGUCUGGUGGAGGCACAAGCGCACCCGAUGAGGUUGACGAUGAGACCUUGACGUUCGCCAUCUUGACCCAUCUGGAGCCCGAGGAGCGGCAACUCUUCUCUGCCAUCCUUGGAAUCAGCUCUACCUCACCUACACCGCGGCCCGAGGGACAGCCACGCCCCCGACCGGCUCCAUUGGUGUCCUCGACUCUGGCGAUUCAACGACUGUACCGACUGUCAUCCCCACCGCGGGACCCUGAAACUGCGAUCUACAUGCUCAGCAACCCUGGCAUGCACCAUGUCCUAGCCACCCUAGCGGCGAUCAGCGACGAUGAAUGGGACAUUCUCAUCUCCGGUCGCUUUGACGGGUUUCUACGCAGUGGCGCCGAGGACUCCUUCCCGUCCGGCUCAACCCCCUCGCGCUAUAGCAGCACCCGGUCCAAUACCCCGUUCACGACGGGUGGUAUCUCGCGGGGUCCAACGCCCAGCCAGCUGGACGGAGUGUCCCGACCGGCCAGCCAGCCCUACGGCACGUCCCCGUCUCCAGCCCCUGCAUCAUUCGGAGGCCCCAUCGCUCUCGAUGAGGAAAUGGAGAUCGCAGCGCUGGCGGAGGUCGAGCGAGACAUCUACCUGGGGAUGGAGGCGCUGGAAGAUGCCUUCGAGGCCCUGCAUUGCAAGGCCGAGGUCGUGCGCCGGGCGCUGCGCGAGCGCGGCGCCGGCCUCUCGAUCGCGAACCAGAACCGCCGCGGCUCCUUCGUCGAGGCCCGUCUGGGCACGCCCGCCUCCGGCUUCGGGCUCUGGGAAAACGGCGCCGACGACGACUUCUUCCUCGACGAUGGCGUGUCCCUGGCCCCGGAUGAUUCGGCAAGUAACAUCAGCUCUAACCGGCGGCGUCGUCCGAAGCGGCGCACGGAACGGCGGACCCCGGCCCCCGUUGAGGAGGAAGACGAGGAAGAGGCAUACGACAGUCGACGGGGAACUCGAAGGAGAUGA